CCAAACCCCUUCCCCUUCCCCACACCACAAUCUUCAAACAAGGUUUUCGUGUUGGCCAGUUUGGCUUCGUGUUGGUCUUCCCCUGCUUGGGCGAGCCAGGUGUCGAGGCGUGGAGGACUUAACUUAGUCACUGGAGUUUUCUUUGGUAAACAUAGAGUGGAGAACAUUUUGUUUUUUUCAAGUUGUCAAAAAGCUGAAUACCUUUUGUUGUUCACCUCUAAAAAUGGGGAUUCGUAACUUUCGUCCACCAAAAUCGCGUGAAGAGUGUCUACUGCUCGAGUAGGCACAUUCGAACAAAUUUGGAGCAUUGGCUAUAAAACUGACAUGUUGAUUGUUGAUGGGAGUGUGUCAUCUAUAGUGUCGAAUUGGAUCUCCCUCUGGAUGCUUCCUGUAUCCAUGAAUUCCGAAUACCUCCUAAAGCUCUUAUAGGAUUGCAUUCGUAUUGUCCUUCCAUUUUUACGCUUUACAUGCGGUGCUUGUUGACGUAAGUGUACAUGCCAGUAUACUAAAAGUUGCCUCUCAUUCAUUUGCAUCAAAGCUACCCAGGUUUCAAUUCUGCCAACACUGAAAUCAUUGCAGAUAAAAGCAGCGAAGCCUCGAAUAAAUUGCUGAUAAGAUAGCUAGGCAAUCAUUCGGCUAGCAUGGACGUAGCACAUUGUUAUUUAAAGGGGAAUGCUGAUGCUGUGGAGUUUUGUCCGUAUGAUUUGUAUCAUAACGUUUUGGCGGUAUCCACUUACACAUUACAAGAAGGUUGUCAGCCCAAUCGACAUGGAAGCAUAUCACUUUUCAAUGUUGAUGAGGACAAAGGCCACCUUGACAUGGUUUUUAGUGAGGAAACUGCUGGGAUUUUUGACAUAAAGUGGAGCCCACCUGGAGGACGUUUGAAUCCUUUUCUAGCUCAAGCAGAUGCUGAUGGAUACUUGAGAAUUAAAAUGCUGGAAGGUUGCUCUAACGGUGUGGAAGGGGUUACUCUAAAGGAGAUCAUUAAGGAAAAAAUCAGCAACUCUAUGUGCUUGUACCUGGAUUGGAACCCUUCAGCCACAUCUAUCACAGUAGGACUUUCUGAUGGCUCUGUGUCUAUUGUUUCUGUUCUUGAAUCCAAGCUGGAAAUACAAGAACAGUGGAAGGCUCAUGAUUUUGAACUUUGGACAACCUGCUUUGAUACUCACCAACCAAAUUUGAUAUACACUGGCUCUGAUGAUUGCAAGUUAAGUUGUUGGGAUUUGCGAGAUAGACCUCCUAAUGUGGUAUUUCAAAGCUCUAAGGUCCACAAAAUGGGUGUUACUUGCAUUGAGAAGAGCCCCCAUGAUCCAAAUAUCUUGUUGACUGGUAGCUAUGAUGAAUUCCUAAGGGUAUGGGAUUUAAGGUCUCUCUCAAAACCCCUUAACAAUACUUCAAUUAGCUUAGGGGGAGGAGUUUGGAGGGUUAAGCAGCACCCCUUCAUUCCAGGCUUGGUCUUGGCUGCAUGUAUGCACAAUGGUUUUGCUAUUGUUGCUAUUAAAGGUGACAAUGCUGAAGUAUUGGAAACUUACAACAAACAUGAUUCUCUUGCUUAUGGAGUAGACUGGCAGAAAGGUGAAGCAAAUCAUUUAGGUGGGAAAACCAAACCAUUGAUGGCUACUUGCUCAUUCUAUGACAAACAUGUUCGGGUGUGGAGGUCAGCAAAUGAUAUUAUCUUGUAGAAUGCUCAUUCUUGCUUAACUUUAACACAUUAGGAAAUGUGAUGCACAGUUUAUUUAUUCAAUCAUGGUUUGCAUUAUUUUGACAA